AUGUGGUUUUUAGACCAAGGCCAGCAAUUAAAGGUCAGGUGUUGGCCGAGGACAGAGGUACUUGAUGAUAAAGACAGAGAAUGCAAGGCAAUGGAAAGAGCUGAAAGGCAACAUUUGGAAGAACCAUGGCUACUGUAUACAAAUGGCGCGUCCAACGAAGAUGGCGCGUCCAACGAAGAUGGCGCGGGCGCAGGACUUAGGCUAGUAAGUCCAGAAAAGCACGAAUUAACGUACGCCAUCCGGUUAGACUUCAAGAGCACGAACAAUGAAGCUGAAUAUGAAGCCUUUCUUCCUGGUUUGAGGUUAGCAAUCAAGAUGGGAGUCAAACACAUCGAGGCACAUGUGGACUCAAUGUUAGUAGCAGGACAGAUCAAUGGCCAGUACGAUGCCAAAGGAGAUGUCAUGGUGCUAUACCUAGACCAAGCGAAAGCAUUGCUGCAGAACUUCAAUUCUUACAAGGUGCACCAUAUCAAUCGAAGCGAGAAUAAACCAGUAGAUGCACUAAGUAAACUCGCAUCCACCAGUUUCCAGCACCUGGCCAAGGAUGUGCGCAUUAAAGUUCUGAGCAACCCAUCGGUACCGCUAAGGCAAGUGAGCGUUAUUCAGCUGGGAACGACGUCUUGGAUAACUCCCAUAAUCAUGUACCUCAAGUCUGGAAUACUACCCGAAAACAAAGCCAAAGCAAGGAAAGUACAGUACAAGUCCGAACACUACCAGAUGGUCGAUGGAAUUCUGUACCGAAAAUCAUACCUCGGGCCAUUAUUGAGAUGCGUCGACCCAGAAGAUGCAAACUACCUGAUCAGGGAGGUACAUGAGGGAAUCUGCGGCAUUCAUGCCUGCCCAAGAAUGGUAGUAGCGAUAGUGAUGAACGUCGGGUACUACUGGCCUGGAAUGCAUCUAGACGCGGUAAAGGUCUUGAGGAAAUGCAGCGGUUGUCAGAGACAUGCUCCGAAAACGAUGCGCCCUAAAAAUGAAUUAGUCCCCGUAACAACGGCGUGGCCGUUUCAGCAAUGGGGGAUAGAUAUGGUUGGUCCUUUUCCAGAAGCCCCGGGAGCAGUGAAGUUCAUCAUAGUCGCGGUAGACUAUUUCACAAAAUGGGUGGAAGCAAAGGCGUUGGCAUCAACCACGUCUACUGUAGUGCGAAGGUUCAUCUGGGAACAAAUAAUCUGUCGGUUCAGGUUGCCCCUGAGAAUCAUCACCGAUAACGGAACAAAUUUCGCUGCCGAUGAUCUCCAAAAUUGGUUCAAGGAGCUGCACAUAGAGCAUAGCUUUUCCUCGGUUGCGCACCCGUAG